AUUUCAGCUGCUAAAUUUUCCGAGGAUGAGGAGGAAAGGGAGUUGGUUCCUUCGGUUAAGAGAAUUCGAAAUUAUUGUACAAAGGUAAGUUGUCAUUUAACUGAUGAUAUCAGCAGAAUGAGUAGUCCUUUGGUCUUGGUAGAAAACACUCGGAUGAACUCCUGUUUGUUAGCCGAAUCUAGUACUGGACAAUUAAGCCGUGAAGUGGAGGGCAUUGAAAAUGUAGAAAGCAAGGUGAAAGUGCCAGACUAUAUGCUAGGAAAUGCCAGUAAAGAAUUUGUUGCUAGUGAGUCAAUUGUAGAACCAAUCUUUCUAACUGUAGAACCAGUUUAUGAGAUCGAAACAAGGCUGUUAAACUCAAUGGUAUAAACUCUAUGGAGUUUGCUGAGAACAGCAAUAUGUCAGGUGGAAAAUUUCAUAUGGAUUUUACCGUUACAUAUUUUAGAAUUGCAGACGAUGAAGUGGCUAUGGAAGACAGUAAGAAAGGGGAGAAAUUUGAUUUGGCAAGUAGAAGACAAGAAGUGGAAGAUCUUUCUCCUUCAUUUAACAUCAACCUUUCUGAUAUACCGCCUGAAAUAGAUUUGAAUAAGAUGCCAUCCCUAGGUGAGGAAUGUGAGAUAAUACCAGCAGCAGCUAGGGUUAUGCAUUCUGUUACGGAAGAGCAGUUGACAGAACCUUCUACAAAAGCAAAGGUGAACCAGAGGCAUGUUGUGCCUCCAGUAUUGCAGACCCUGAACAAGCCUUUAGGGAGUACCGAUGUUGUCAGUACUUACAAAAGGAGGCAUGGUGUAAAAGAUAAUUUACCAUCCCGGGCUGCACAGAAAUCAAAAGGAUAUAAAUGUUAA